CAUUAAUGCGCUUCUACGCCUGCACUUUUGUUUUAUAAAUGAAAUGUUUAAUCUACAAGUGGUUCUUCUCUUGGUAGGACGCAAACUAGCAACUACCUGACAGUCGACGUUUUCACGUUCACAGUUACACAUCAACACAACACAUCUUCAACCAUGCCGGGAAACGGUUUAUUGGAAACUUCCCCCAACUAUGUUAUCAACAAAGCGGUCGCAGCUAGAUUCCAACAGCUGCCCCAACCCAAGGAUAAAGUACAAGUCAUGUAUGUUUGGAUCGACGGAACUGGACAAGAUCUUAGAGCCAAGUCUAGAACAAUAGACUUUAUUCCUACAAAACCCGAAGAACUCCCAAUAUGGAAUUACGAUGGAAGCUCUACGUACCAAUCCCAAGGAGAAAACUCAGAUACAUUUUUAUAUCCAGUGGCCAUUUUUAAUGACCCGUUCAGGUUGGCACCGAACAAACUUGUCAUGUGCGAAACGUACAAACACGAUCACACUCCAACUGGUACAAAUCACCGUAAAGCCGCUUUGGAAACCAUGACUAAAGCUGCCGACCAAAAACCGUGGUUUGGCAUCGAACAAGAGUACACUUUACUCGACACUGAUGGCAAACCGUUCGGAUGGCCAAAGACUGGAUUCCCAGGUCCCCAGGGACCGUACUAUUGCGGUGUCGGUGCUGAUAAAGUGUACGGACGUGACAUUGUGGAGGCUCAUUAUCGUGCAUGUCUGUACGCCGGAAUCAACAUAUCUGGAGAGAACGCCGAAGUUAUGCCAGCUCAGUGGGAAUUCCAAGUUGGACCAUGUGAAGGUAUUAGCAUUGGUGAUCAUUUGUGGAUGGCUCGUUUCAUAUUGCACCGUGUUGCUGAAGAAUUUGGUAUUGUGGUAACACUUGAUCCAAAGCCAGUACCAGGAGAUUGGAAUGGCGCUGGUGCCCAUUGCAAUUUCUCAACUCAAGCUAUGAGAGAAAACAAUGGAAUAAUUGAAAUUGAAAAGGCCAUUGACAAGAUGUCUAAACAACAUAUGAGACAUAUUAAGGCAUACGAUCCCAACGAAGGCAAAGAUAACGAACGUCGUUUGACUGGAAAACACGAAACUUCUUCCAUUCACGAUUUCUCUGCCGGCGUGGCUAACCGUGGUGCCAGUAUUCGUAUUCCUCGUGGUUGUGCCGAAGAGAAGAAGGGCUACUUAGAAGAUCGUAGACCAGCGUCCAACUGUGAUCCAUACAGAGUGACCGAAGUCAUUGUACGCACUGUAUGCCUAAACGAAUAAAUAAAAUAUUAAAAGAAUAGCCUAUACCCAGCAAGAUACAUAUACAUAUAUCGCCCCACUUUGAAAAUAAAAAAAACAUUAUCUCAUAUUUAUAAUAAUUACAAUUAUUGUUAGGCGCUGCAUUAUUAUAUUACAGUUUUUAAUUUUUAAUUCAAGACCAAAACAAUAUUGCAUUUUUAAUAAAUGUCACGAAAGGACAUGUUGAUUUUUUUACAUAUUUUAUUAUUUAUUUGUAUUAACGACCGGUAUAUUACAGUAUAGUUUUGUUAUCGUGUAUACCCACUGUUAUUUUUGAGUAAAUUGAUUUUACAAAUUUAAUUUAUUUUUGGGGAAAAGCAUUUGUGAAAAAUUAUAUUUUUGUUAAUUUAAAAUUAUGAAAUGUUUGAACAAUAUAUGACUUGAAUUAUUUGUUUCACUAA